AUGGAGGACAAGGUUCCUGACACUGAGGACAAGGUACGCUGAGGACAAGGUUCGCUCAGGACAAGGUUCGCUCAGGACAAGGUUUCUGAUGCUGAGGACAAGGUUCCUGCCGCUGAGGACAAGCUUCCAGCUGGCGCUGAGGACAAGGCCGGUUCGUGGCGCUGAGGACAAACAAGGUUCCUGACGCUGAGGCCAAGGUUCCUGGCGCUAAGGACAAAGUUUCUGGCGCUGAGGACAAAGUUUCAGCUGGCGCUGAGCACAAGGUUCCUGGCGCUGAGGAUAAGGUAUCUGACGCUGAGGACAAUGUUCCUGGCGCUGAGGACAAGGUUCCCGGCGCUGAGGACAAAGUACCUGUCGCUGAGGACAAGGUUCCUGGCGCUGAGGACAAGGUUCCUGGUGCUGAGGACUAGGUUCCUGACGCUGAGGACAAGGUUCCUGACGCUGAGGACAAGGUUCGCUGAGGACAAGGUUCCUGACGCUGAGGACAAGCCUCCCGGCCCUGAGGACAAGGUUCCUGGUGCUGAGGACAAGGUUCCUGGCGCUGAGGACCAGGUUCGCGGCUCUGAGGACAAGGUACCUGUUGCUGAGGACAAGGUUUCUGGCGCUGAGGACAAGGUUCCUGGUGCUGAGGAAAAGGUUCCUGACGCUGAGGACUAG